AUGGAUCUCGAAUAUAGCGUGAUCGAGAACGUUCAUCGAAAUCGAGCUGGACAAAUUGUACAAAUCGAUUAUCAAUUCGAUGAGACAGUUGUGGUGGAAACUGUUACAUCCGGUUCAACAGUGAGCAUUGCAAAACAAAACAGAGAAAAACGAAAUCGAACAUACGAUGCAACAAUCACUCGUGAACAAUAUCAAAAUCUCGUUCGUAAUCUCAAGAAUCCUCUCUCAUUCGAUGCAUUCAUUAAUGUUCUACGUCCAUUCAUAAUGGGAUUUUAUUCAAGUGAUGAAUUAGAACGUGCAUUUUCAACAUUGGAUCGCGAUCGUUCAGGUUCCAUUCAUAUUGAUGAACUAAGCUCAUUUCUACCGAUAUUAAACGAUACAAUAAACGGCGAUGCUCUGCGUGACUAUAUUCGUAAAGUGGAUGAGAAUUUUGAUGGAAAUAUGAAUUAUGACGAAUUCCGGGCACUUGUUUUACGUGGCAUUGGUCGAGAUAUCAUUUGUAAUCACUUAUAA